GCCAACGUGGCUUUGUGACAUAGCUGCCUUGACACCCAGUUUGAUAAAGGUCAAGGUGGCUUUGUGACGUCGCUGCGCCCGAGGAAAAGCUGAGGCGCAUGCUCCACCUGCCCUCUUUCGCCCCGGCCGUGGGAAUGGAUACAUCUGUCCACGUGCGGAAGAUCAGCAGGCCAUGACAACGACCACAACCACCACCACCGUAACCGCAACGCGCUCUAUCUCCUGCCCCAUUGACCCUGUGCGGCUGUCCUCUCGCAACUCGCAGCUCACAGAGAUGGCCUCGACCAGUCAAGGACACUUUGACGCUUAUGAGGCACUGGAUCUUACAGAAUUUGCCAAAAACCACCAGCCUUGGUGGCGCAAACUUUUCGGGGAGGAGACACGGUCUGCAGGCGAGAAGCGCAGUGUGGCAACCCAGCUCCUGGUUGGCGGCAUCACUGGGUGGUGCACUGGCUUCAUAUUCCAGAAAGUUGGAAAGCUGGCAGCCACAGCGGUGGGAGGGGGCGUUUUUCUCCUUCAGCUCGCAAACCAUACUGGCUACAUCAAAGUUGACUGGAAGCGAGUAGAGAAGGAUGUGAAAAAGGCCAAGGAACAACUGAAGAUUCGGAAGAGCGCCCAAAUACCAAACGAGGUCAAGAGCAAAACUGAGGAGUUGGUGUCGUUUGUAAAGCAGAAUGCCUUAGUAACUGGAGGAUUUUUUGGAGGCUUUCUGCUCGGUAUGGCAUCCUAAAGGGGUAUCACUCCACUUCCACGGUUCAGCAGCCUCUAUACACCAUCGUAGAAAAAUCCAGAGGCUUUCCACUUCCUCUUCAUGCCCUUCUCCCUGUUGUAAAUCUGAACCGCUUCCAUGGGCGGUUACAUCUGCCCAUGAUUAGUUUGCAAUAAUCCAUCUAGCUGGGCUCUCUACUUCAGGGCCUCGACUGCUUCAAUCAAACAUCAGCUGUGUGAAACUUUCAUCUAGACGCUUCAAGGAGAAGGAUCUGCUUUCGGGCUUAGGUCUGGGGUACAAUUUCUAUAUUUGCAACUAUAGGAUUGAUUCACAUUUUGUCCUUUGUCAACCGGAGGACCAGCUCUGCUCUGGGAGGCUAUCCACACAAUUCAUCUCACACUGACUUUGCUCUCGCCAUACAAAUCAGAAACAGCACUGACUUCUUUUCUUCAUGACCAGGUGGAGAGAGAGUGGGCCCUAGGGGUCCAACACCUCUGCAGAAAGGGCAAGUGUGUGAGUGCAAUCAGUGUUUCCAUUGCCUCUUGGUCAGAAGGUAAAAAUCAUGGGUUCUGCCAAACUCAACACUGUGAGCAACGGAAAACAAUGAUCUUAAGGACUACCUUGCAAACUGUAUGCUACAUGGGAAGAAGAAAAGGUUACUUCUCUGCCUUUGAGUAUGUCUGGGUUUCCACCUUUAAUACCAGGAUUAGAUCUUCAUAUGUCUACCAAUGGGGGUAAAACGCUACUAAUACCACAAACUCUGUAGACCUGAGCAACAACCACUUGUUUAUAAGCCAAUAGGGUCUUUACAGUUUAAACCAUGUAUACAUUCUUUCAUUCAGUUAAAACUCUUACUUAAAAAACCAACCCCUCCAAAGGAAAAUGUCAAUUAGUACUUUGUUUAAUUUUGUUUUUUUUAAGUCACUAAAUAAAUGGUAAAUAAGAA